AUGGGAAAGUAAAAGCAAUAAGCAGAAGUCAGUCAAAAGAAAACAAAAAAAGAGUUGGAAGAAGAGGAAGAGGAAAAAAAAUACAAAGAAGAACUUGAAUUAGAAGAGAUAGAAGAAAAGGAAAAAGAAAAAUAGGAAAAAGAGAAGAAAAAGAGAGAGAAAGAGUUGAAAUGGACUAUUGAGCAGGAAUAUUUUGAUGUUGGUUUAUUAGAAUGGGAUGAGUUUUAUAUUCCCUUUGAUAAAUAUAGAAAAAUGUACGAAAACAGUGAUUCUAAGAAUAUUGUUGAGACUUUAAGAAAAGAUAUUGAAAAAAUAGAGUUAUUUAUAAACUAUAAGGCAAAUGAUAUUUAUGAGAAAUGGGUAUCAGUUAAAGAUUAGCAAAAAGACACUGAUGAAAAUACAUUAGCAGUUAAGAAUGAAAUAGAAUGCUUAAGAGCUUAUUAUUAGUAUCAUCUGGUAUUAUUUGAAAAGUUCUUUAAAAGAGAAAUGGAAGAUAUUUAUAAUAAUUUAUUACCCAAGAUUAAUAACAUGAUAAAAAAUGAAGGAGAAAAAAUUUUAAAUUUAGAAGACAGCUUUAAGUCUACAACGAAAGCAACUAAUCGUAUUACCUCUUUAACCACUUAACAAGUUGAAGAGUAUACUGAAAACGAAGAGUAUCUAAGGGAGAGAGAAAAGUAUGUUUUAAAACAGGAUAUUCUUGUUUAGGAAAAUAAAAGAUACUUUACUUUACAGAUAGGAUUUGUUUUCUUGAUACCCGUUUUGUUAAAUUAUAGUAUUAGUAUUUAAUCUAUUUAAUUUGAAAACAUGCAUUUUUACAGAGCCUUCUUCUAAUUAACUUUGUAUACUUGCUGCUUUUCAGUAUGUCUAUGGAUUUGGUCAAAAUGCAAAAUAAACUACAAGGUUAUAUUUGAAACUCCUUAUUAAAAGGAAAAUCCUGUUUUUUGGAAUAGUAUUUUCAAUAUUAUUUUAAUGGUUGGUUGUUUAUUUACUAUUUUUGAUUCAACUUUUUUGGAUUCACCAAGUGUUAGACAGUAUUGUUUGAUCUUGUUAUUUUUGCAACUAUAUCUUGGGUACAAAUUUAUUUUUACCAAAGCAUUGAGAGUCAUUUUAGAUCCUUUUAAAUUUUUAGUGGAAUUUAAAUCAACUUUUUUUACUGAUCAACUCUGUUCUGUUACUCUUUUGCUGUAGGAUAUUGAUUUCUUUAUAUGCUAUGAAUAUUUACAAAGAUCAACUGAUUAUUGUUUGGAUAAAAAAAUAUUGCAUAAAGGAUUUUUAAUAGCCGCUAUUCCUCUCUUUUGGAGAUUAAUUUAAUCAUUUUUAAUGAUUUUCACUACACAUAAGAGCUUCCCAUUCUUACAGAGACCAGGAUUCUAUAACACAAUAAAGUUUAUUAGCAAUUUAUACACAGUUUACUGUAAUUAUAACAGACAAUUCGAUAGCUACUAUUAACAGCAAUGGCAAUAUGCUAUCAUUGUUUCUUCAUCUUUGAAUUAUUUAUGGGAUGUAUACUAAGAUUGGGGACUGUUGAGACCUUAGUAUUUCUUUUUGAGAGAAAAAAUGCUUUUCAAAAAUCAAAUGUACUAUGUUUUGGCAAUUAUAGUAAAUUUAUGUCUAAGAUUUUCAUGGAUAGUGGCAAACGAUAUAAGUUUAAAAAGAAUGUUUUACAUUACUUAUUUAAAUCCUUUUGAAUAAGUUGCUCUAUUUGCUGCUUUAGAAAUUGUUAGAAGGAAUAUUUGGAAUCUUUUUAUUCUUGAAAAACUGUAAAUUGACUUAAAUAAUAACUAUAGAGUAGUUUAAAGCUUGAAAGAAGUGACUAAAAACUUAGAAAAUGCACAGAACUCGAAAGAUCCAGACGUCAAAAAAAUCUUAAAAAAUUACAAUUUAUUAACAAAAAAAGUUGCUUUACAAGAAGUAAUAGAAAUAUCUAAUGAUCUAAAACAAAGUUAUAAGCAGCUAUCUAAAAAAACUAGAGUAAAAUAAGAAUGA